AUGGCUGGCUUUUCUCACAUUGAUCCUAACGACCCCGCCUUCACCCACAAGUUCGCUCAAACGAAGAACCUCAGAUAUCACUAUGUCGAGGCUGGUGAUCCCAAGGGUGAGCCUCUGGUCUUGGUCCACGGGUUCCCCGACCUCUGGUACGGCUGGAGAUACCAGAUCAAGUUCUUUGCCGAGCUCGGAUACCGCGUCAUUGCCAUUGACAAUGUUGGCUACGGACAGACCGAGGCACCUAUGGAAUUGGAGAAGUACGGAUUGAAGGCCCAGUCCGAUCAAUUGGCCGGUCUCUUGGAUGCCCUCGACAUCCCCAAGAUCACUUUGAUCGGACAUGACUGGGGUGGAGCCUUCGUCUGGAGAUUCGGACUUUACUACCCUAACCGCGUCAGCGGCAUCAUCAGGUACGUUCAGGACUCUUGCGUCUUCCCAAUCGCUUUGUCAUUUUCCCCACGUUACAGAGCGGAGGCAAUGGAUAAUUUCCAGUUGGUCAGCGAUGCGAGGCGAUUUGCAUGCGAGUGUGCCCAGUGCAUGAAAUUCGCCUACCAGCGCGAGUUUGUUGAUCCCGAGACCGUCGCCAAGUUUGACAAUAACAAAUCCAAGUUCAUCUUGGGGGUCUUGAAGGCUGGCGAGUGCCAUGGUCAGGCUGAGUUGGACUACAUGGUCCAGGAAUACUCCCACAGUGGCUACCGCGGACCUCUCAACUACUACAAGACCAGAAGAAUCAACUUCGACGACGAAUUAGCUCACCUCCCCCACAAACACCAACAUAUCAUCCACACCCCCUCUUGGAUGAUCCUCGCCAAGAAUGAUCCUUACCUGUUGCCACACAUGGCUAAUGGAAUGGAGAAGGUUAUUCCCGGGGUCAAGUUUGCGACGAUUGACGCGGGACAUUUCUGUAUGACGGAGAAAGUUGAGGAGGUUAACCAGACUUUGAAGACGGCGGUUGAGGAUUUGAUCGCGAGACGUAAUGCGGCCACCGCUUCUAAGGCGUCUUUGUAG